AUGCUGCGCGGGGGCUCCGGGCUGCCGCGCACCCCCUCGCUCCCCGCUCCGGUCCGCCUGUUCCUGCCUCCACCCCACCGGGCUGGGAUGUACCUUUCCAUCUGUUGCUGCUUUCUGUUGUGGGCCCCCGCCCUGACGCUCAAAAACCUGAACUACUCGGUGCCGGAAGAGCAGGGGGCCGGCACGGUGAUCGGCAACAUCGGCAAGGAUGCGCGCCUGCAGCCGGGGGUGCCGCCCGGGGAGCGCGGCGGGGGCGGCGGGCGCGGCCGGUCCGGCAGCUACCGGGUGCUGGAGAACUCGGCGCCGCACCUGCUGGACGUGGACGCCGACAGCGGGCUGCUCUACACCAAGCAGCGCAUCGACCGCGAGUCCCUGUGCCGCCACAACGCCAAGUGCCAGCUGUCGCUCGAGGUGUUCGCCAACGACCAGGAGAUCUGCAUGAUCAAGGUGGAGGUGCAGGACAUCAACGACAACGCGCCGUCCUUCCCCUCGGACCAGAUCGAGAUGGACAUCUCGGAGAACGCGGCCCCCGGCACCCGCUUCCCGCUCACCAGCGCGCACGACCCCGACGCGGGCGACAACGGGCUGCGCACCUACCUGCUCACCCGCGACGACCACGGCCUCUUCGCGCUGGACGUCAAGUCCCGCGGCGACGGCACCAAGUUCCCGGAGCUGGUCAUCCAGAAGGCGCUGGACCGCGAGCAGCAGAGCCGCCACGCGCUCGUGCUGACCGCCCUGGACGGCGGGGAGCCGCCGCGCUCCGCCACCGUGCAGAUCGACGUGAAGGUGAUCGACUCCAACGACAACAGCCCGGUGUUCGAGGCGCCCUCCUACCUGGUGGAGCUGCCCGAGAACUCGCCCGCGGGCACCGUGGUCAUCGACCUGAACGCCACCGACGCCGACGAGGGCCCCAACGGCGAGGUGCUCUACGCCUUCAGCAGCUACGUGCCCGACCGCGUGCGGGAGCUCUUCUCCAUCGACCCCAAGACCGGCCUCAUCCGCGUCAAAGGAAACCUGGACUAUGAGGAGAACGGGAUGCUGGAGAUCGACGUGCAGGCGCGGGACCUGGGCCCCAACCCCAUCCCGGCGCACUGCAAGGUCACGGUCAAGCUCAUCGACCGCAACGACAACGCACCGUCCAUCGGUUUCGUGUCCGUGCGCCAGGGGGCGCUGAGCGAGGCCGCCCCGCCGGGCACCGUCAUCGCGCUGGUGCGGGUCACCGACCGCGACUCGGGCAAGAACGGGCAGCUGCAGUGCCGGGUGCUGGGCGGCGGCGGGGCGGCCGGCGGCGGGGGCGGCUCCGGGGGGCCCGUGCCCUUCAAGCUGGAGGAGAACUACGACAACUUCUACACGGUCGUGACGGACCGUCCGCUGGACCGCGAGGCGCAGGACGAGUACAACGUGACGAUCGUGGCGCGGGACGGGGGCUCGCCGCCGCUCAACUCCACCAAGUCGUUCGCCGUGAGGAUCCUGGACGAGAACGACAACCCGCCUCGCUUCACCAAGGGGCUGUACGUGCUGCAGGUGCACGAGAACAACAUCCCGGGAGAGUACCUGGGCUCCGUGCUCGCCCAGGACCCGGACCUGGGCCAGAACGGCACCGUGUCCUACUCCAUCCUGCCCUCGCACAUCGGCGACGUGUCCGUCUACACCUACGUGUCCGUGAACCCCACCAACGGGGCCAUCUACGCGCUGCGCUCCUUCAACUACGAGCAGACCAAGGCCUUCGAGUUCAAGGUGCUGGCCAAGGACUCGGGCGCGCCCGCGCACCUGGAGAGCAACGCCACGGUGCGGGUGACGGUGCUGGACGUGAACGACAACGCGCCGGUGAUCGUGCUGCCCACGCUGCAGAACGACACGGCCGAGCUGCAGGUGCCGCGCAACGCCGGCCUGGGCUACCUGGUGAGCACCGUGCGCGCCCUGGACAGCGACUUCGGCGAGAGCGGCCGCCUCACCUACGAGAUCGUGGACGGCAACGACGACCACCUGUUCGAGAUCGACCCGUCCAGCGGCGAGAUCCGCACGCUGCACCCCUUCUGGGAGGACGUGACGCCCGUGGUGGAGCUGGUGGUGAAGGUGACGGACCACGGCAAGCCCACCCUGUCGGCCGUGGCCAAGCUCGUCAUCCGCUCGGUGAGCGGCUCCCUGCCCGAGGGGGUCCCGCGCGUGAACGGGGAGCAGCACCCCUGGGACAUGUCGCUGCCGCUCAUCGUGACGCUGAGCACCAUCUCCAUCAUCCUGCUGGCGGCCAUGAUCACCAUCGCCGUCAAGUGCAAGCGGGAGAACAAGGAGAUCCGCACCUACAACUGCCGCAUCGCCGAGUACAGCCACCCGCAGCUGGGCGGGGGCAAGGGCAAGAAGAAGAAGAUCAACAAGAACGACAUCAUGCUGGUGCAGAGCGAGGUGGAGGAGAGGAACGCCAUGAACGUCAUGAACGUGGUGAGCAGCCCCUCCCUGGCCACCUCCCCCAUGUACUUCGACUACCAGACCCGCCUGCCCCUCAGCUCGCCCCGGUCCGAGGUGAUGUAUCUCAAACCGGCCACCAACAACCUGACUGUCCCUCAGGGCCACGCGGGCUGCCACACCAGCUUCACCGGACAAGGGACUAAUGCGAGCGAGACCCCGGCCACUCGGAUGUCCAUAAUUCAGACAGACAAUUUUCCCGCAGAGCCCAAUUACAUGGGCAGCAGGCAGCAGUUUGUUCAAAGUAGCUCCACGUUUAAGGACCCAGAGAGAGCCAGCCUGAGAGACAGUGGGCACGGGGACAGUGAUCAGGCUGACAGUGACCAAGACACUAACAAAGGCUCCUGCUGUGACAUGUCUGUUAGGGAGGCACUCAAGAUGAAAACUGCUUCCACUAAAAGCCAGCCACUCGAACAAGAACCCGAAGAGUGCAUUAACUGCACAGACGAAUGCCGAGUGCUUGGUCAUUCUGACAGGUGUUGGAUGCCACAGUUCCCUGCAGCCAAUCAGGCUGAGAACGCAGAUUACCGCACAAAUCUCUUCGUGCCCACAGUGGAGGCUAAUGUUGAGACUGAGACUUACGAAACUGUGAAUCCCACCGGGAAAAAGACCUUUUGUACAUUCGGAAAAGACAAGCGAGAGCACACUAUUCUCAUUGCCAAUGUGAAACCUUACCUAAAAGCCAAACGUGCCCUGAGCCCUCUCCUCCAGGAGGUACCCUCAGCAUCCAGCAGCCCCACCAAGGCGUGCGUGGAGCCCUGCACCUCCACCAAAGGCUCCCAGGAUGGCUGCGAAGCAAAACCGGGAGCCCUGGCCGAGGCCAGCAGCCAGUAUCUGCCCACCGACAGCCAGUACCUGUCACCGAGUAAGCAGCCCAGAGACCCUCCUCCUUUCCUGGCUUCCGAGCAGAUGGCGAGGGUCUUCGCGGAUGUGCACUCCAGGGCCAGCCGCGACUCCAGCGAGAUGGGGGCCGUCCUGGAGCAGCUGGACCACCCCGCCCGGGAUCUGGGCCGGGAGUCGGUGGAUGCGGAGGAAGUCGUGAGAGAGAUUGAUAAGCUGCUGCAGGACUGUCGGGGAAAUGACCCUGUUGCUGUGAGAAAGUGA